AUGACAAGCCGCUACCUGAUCCUCUCUGCAGACUACUGGGGUCGACUCUGCAGCAGCAGCAGCUUCGGUCAGCGACUGGUCGAGUCGGGGUCUUGGACGGGUACUACUGGGCUAGUGGGCAGGCUUGUCUUCCCUAGCUGCCUCGACCCCUCACGACCACCAGCGGCCACCGACCCAAUCAGCCUGGCCUUUACACCGUCAACUUCACAGUCCUCAUUCCUGAAGCUCCAAGCGACAGGAUGCACGACAGGGAUCUGCUCGAUCCACCACUCCACUGCUGCCCUGUUCAUGCACCUCCUUGUUCCUCUCACCGAUUAUUUUGCUCUGCGAUUUUCGUUUCUCAUCCAGCAUGGCCAUGGCGUGGCGCCUUUGUACCGGCUGGCCCCAAGGGCUUACCCACUCGAUGCACAUUGGACAAUGGAUGGCUCGCAGAUGGGGCCCCUCCUCCCCACCUCUCGAGAAGCACCUACGUGCUUCCUAGUGCAGUCUAAGCACCUUCACCCCAUCGGCCGUGCUUUAGCUUUCGAGGACCACCUUGACGAGCCCUCUCUGGCUCGCUCCGGGCGACAUCGACGUUGGCUGAUGGUCAUAUGGCGUACCAACCACUCGGGUUAA